AUGAGUUCAAUUUUUAUAUUUUUAGCAAUCGCAUUUGUAGUUUCCGACAUUUCCGUAGCCCAACAGCCACUCGUGAGAGAUGGAUGUCCAGAUUCUUGCAGUACUAUGGAUGUUCGAAUGUCAAAUGACAAGCUCGCUGGAAUUUGGUAUUUACACGCGAGUAUUCCUCGCUUCUUUGAAGAAGAGAUGAAAUGCACUUACAUCAAUGUCACGGAAUUGGAAGAAGAUCAUCUUUAUUUUGUGAAACAUGAGUUCAAUAAUAACACGAACGAGCCUAGGGAGACAUUUGGGGCGAUUGAGUUUGCAAAGGAUGGAGCUACAAAUAUUUACUAUACCGAUUUAUUUCUUCCAUUCGCUUAUGAUACAAUUGCUUUGAGCGACGAUUAUUGGGUCUUGACUACUUGCAAUGAACAUGGAUUUUAUUCAUCAGAUGGAUCUGGAUCCUAUGCUUAUAUCUUCACGAGGCUACAAUAUCCACCAUGUGAAAUGAAUUCAGAGAUUGUAGAUAUUUUGGGAGAGUGUGGAAUCGACAAAGACUAUUUGAUGGAACAGGACCAAAACAGUUGCUCAUUUUGCUGAUUAUCAAAUAAUAUUAAUGUAAAAUAAAGACUUAAGUAAACUUCACUAAAAAUUAACGGUUUUAAUUUAUUCAAACCUGUAGAAGCUCAAAG